GGUCAAGUGCCCCUCACACACUCACAUUGUUCUGUGUCCAGCUGUGCCUUGUUCUUCUGUGGGCUGAGAUGACGACAGAAACAAGUGAGGGGGUGGAGAGAGAGAGAGAGAGAGGGAGACUGAUUCAGAUCCAGAGCAGUAUGCUCAUUCUGUGUUAACAUCUCACUUUGAUAUCAAUGCAUGCAGCCUGAGAGCCUGAAUUGAAAAUCUAUAUCCCAAGAUGCAGUGGUGCAGGUGGGCUGGCAGUUGGAGAUCACACCUACCAAGACAGUCUGCAGGGCCGGAGAUUGAGGACUCUUUCGACUUUCUGUUUAAAAUCAUCCUGGUCGGGGACUCUGAUGUGGGGAAGACCUGUGUGGUCCAGAGCUUCAAGUCUGGCAUAUUCAUAGAGAAGCAGCAAAACACCAUCGGGGUCGACUUUACUGUUCGCACCCUGGACAUCGAUGGCAAGAGGGUGAAGAUGCAGGUGUGGGACACAGCAGGACAGGAGCGUUUCCGCACCAUAACUCAGAGCUACUACCGCAGUGCCCACGGGGCCAUAGUGGCCUAUGACAUCACACGCCGCACUACAUUUGAAUCGGUUUCCCACUGGAUCAGGGAGGUGGAGCAGUAUGGAGCUGCCAGUGUGCUACUUAUCCUCAUUGGUAAUAAGUCAGACCUCCAAGCUCAGAGGCAGGUGUUGUUCGAGGAUGCGUGCACUCUGGCGGAGAACAAGGGUGUGCUGGCUGCUCUUGAAACCUCGGCCAAGGAGGCCCAAAACGUGGAGGCGGCCUUCAUCCUCAUGGCCCGGGAGCUGCUGGCACGCAACGGCAUGACCAUCACAGACGAGGCCUCUCAAGGCUCGCCUCAAUUCAUUUUGAGUAACAGCUCCCACCCAGUCCUUGGUACUGCGUCCUCAGACAGAAAGUGUGGGUGCUGAGCGGACGUGUUGUUUAAGACUUGAAAAUUGGUGUUGACAGUCUCAGUGUACAAGUGUUUUUGAUAAGAGGUUUAGUUUUAGGAGAACUACAUAUGAACUCCAUAUGUUGCAAUGUGUGUGUGUGAAUAUAAGUUGUGUAUGUUUUAUAUUGAUAUUUAUACAGUCAGUAGAAUCAAUAACACAGGUUUUAAUGACGGUUGCUUCUGAGGAUAACUGCUGCUGAAUGUGAUAAUGACUCCAGCAGUACAAACUUUGCUGGAGGACUCUGUACUAAGACUGUACUAUGGAAAUACAGAAUGUUUUCACUUGACAGGGCACAUGUUUUUGUGUCUUCCAUCCUUUUUAAUUGGUCUUUUAUUCAGUACUGCUUUUACAGUACAUUACCAGAGUUCACAGUUUAAACCUGCAAUUGAAAUCUCCUGCAAAUCAUUCAGUGUCAUACCUGUCAGUUACAAAUAUGACAAACAAGCACUUUAUGACACAGGAGCUGCCACUGUAAUUAAAUUUGUUCUCCCACAAAAGUCUUCUAAUACAGACAUUAACCAUUCGUAAGAUUUUCAGAACUACUUGACAGAAAAAUAGCACCCUUUUCAUUUCUAGGUACUUCGUCUGAUUCAGACACUUUCAUAAAAUAUCACUAAAAUAAAAUUA